UCCGUUCCUAGCAUCCGCUCUUCGCUCUUCGCACCGCUCCCACGCUCAGACCUCAGGUCCCACGCUCUCCACCUCAGCCUCUCGCAACUUCACCUAGCUAGCCAUGCUCUCCGCCAUGCUUCUCUCCUCCACGCCCGCCGCGCCCAACGUCGCCGUCUCGCCGUUGGCCGCCAUGACGCCGCGUGCGCGCGAUGCGCAGCUCUGCAGCCUUGACGCGCUGCGCCGCGAGAAGCGCUCCGGCAACGUCAAUUGGUCGCGCCCGCUCGCCAACGCCAGGGCCACUGCCAGCGCCAGCGACGAGAAGGCAGCGCGCGCCAGCGAGGACGCUGCGCCGCCGCCGUACGAGGCAGUCGAGGCGUCCGCCGAGCCUGCCACGCCCUCCAAGCUCGCCACCGCUCUCCUCGGCUCCAAGCUGGCCACCGCACGCGCCGAGGCCAAAGCCGCACGUCGCACCGCCGAGCUGGAGCGUAUCCACGACGCCUGGGCCAAUCUCGGCCUCGACACGCGCGCGGCCAUGCGCAACGGCGAGAAGCUGCCGCCCUUCUUUGAGAGCCCGCCGCGCUGCGGCCCACAGCAGAUGGAGGCGAUCAUCCGCGCCGAGUUGGGCGGCAGCGUCUGAGUCAGAAAGAUGGAAGGGAUGAAGGUUGAAGGUCAGGGAUGAAGAUCGGGCUUUGAGGGGUCGAGGCGCAACAAGGGUUGAGGAAUGAGCGAUUAGGAAGA